AUGGGCUACACUCUCUGUGUAUUAGGCUGCGGUACGAUGGGCGUCGCCAUUACAUCCGGCGUCCUCGCCAGUUUACAGCCCCAUCACCCACUCGGCCACAUCGACGGGCCGCAAAAGUGGGAGCUCCAUACGCCUGGCACGCGCACGCCGACGACGGGCGCGGAGGUCGACCCAUCACUGCCGUCGCGCUUCAUUGCGUGUGUAAAGCGCGAAGAUACGGCGAAGAGGCUGCGUGGGACCUUUGGUAGCGUUGCCGGCGGAAGUCAGGUCGAGGUGUUGGCGGAUAAGAACGUCGACGCGGUCAAGCAGGCGGAUGUGAUCUUGCUUUGCUGCAAGCCUCAACUUGCGUCUGUGAUCCUCAGUGAACCCGGUAUCAGGGAUGCGCUCGACGGAAAGCUGUUGAUCAGCAUUCUGGCCGGUGUCACCCUCGCUCAGCUCACCGCUUGGGCGCCCUCAACGACAAGAGUCAUCCGUGCCAUGCCCAACACCCCCUGCAAAAUCCGCGAAGGCAUGACUGUCGUCUCGACCUUGCCGCCCUCAGAGACGCAAGAACUCGAUCGUUCUAUCAUCUUACAGAUCUUCUCGACUAUCGGGCGCUGCCGCUUCCUUGACGAGAAGCACUUUGACGCGUGCACUGCGCUCUCUGGUUCUGGGCCCGCUUUCGCUUGCAUCUUCCUGGAAGCUAUGGCCGAUGGCGGAGUAAUGAUGGGCCUUCCGCGCGCGGAAGCUUUGGAGUUGGCUGCACAGACUUUGCAAGGCGCCGCACGUAUGUCGCUGCAGACAAGCGCACAUCCUGCCCAGAUCAAAGACGCGGUCACAACUCCGGGUGGAUGUACGAUCGCGGGACUGCUCGCCCUCGAAGACGGGAGAGUGCGAUCUACCAUCGCGCGUGCGAUCCAGGUGGCGACGGAGAGAGCAAGCGAGCUGGGAAAGCAGUAG